ACACUGCGCAUGUGCGAGACGCUAAGGGAGGCGACAAAUGAUGUAUCGUGCUCUCCCUUUGUAUAACGAAAGUUCCAGUAAAUUCAUUCAGGCGAUAUUAUAAAUAAAUCUCAGACAGUUGAGACAGCAACGUGAUAAUUGUUAUUUCACUUUUCAUCACAGAAAACUACAAUAAGCUUCGGUACAUAGACUUCAUAGUAACAAUACGAACAAUGGCAUCAACAGAACCAGAAACAAUGGAAACUGAACCCACAGUCAAAGUUACGAAUGCUGGAGAGGAUCUUACAAAUGAUGGCGGUGUUCUAAAAGAAAUUUUAAGAGAAGGCGAAGGAGACGAGAAACCGUCCAAAGGCGAUAAAGUUUCAGUUCACUAUGUUGGUACUCUACUUGACGGGACAGUAUUUGACUCCAGCAGGGAGCGGGGAGAUUUAUUUACUUUUAAUCUUGGGAAAGGUAUUAAUUAAAUUAUUGACUUCAUUUUUAUUUGUUGUUUUUUGGUCUUCAACUAGGCCCAGGAGUCUAUGACUAUGGCCCAUGGCCUAUGCCUAUGGUAUAGUGAUAUAAAUAUAGGCACAGGCCUACGGCUACUACUACUACUACUAGUCUACUAAUUAUUAUGACUAAUUUAAAUUACUCAUAAUGUCAUAAGCAUGAGGCAUAGUCUAUUACUCUAUCUAUACUCUGUAUUAUAAUUUAUAUCUAGGCAAUCUAGGCCUAUAAUAGUCUAUUAUAAUGAUAGUGAGUCUAGUAAUAAUAAUAUAAUUUAUAAUAUAGUCGACAAACUAUAUAAUUAAUUUCAUAAUAGUGUCAUUAGCUGUAAAACUUAUUAUAACGGGCUUAGUAUAUGAUACAUGCCUAAUAGGCUUAGGCCUAACUUUGUAAAUUGUAAGUAUGAGUUGAAUAUAAGUAACAAAGUGUCAACAUCAACAUGUCCGGCAACCGGACAAAUAAUUCUCAAGAUAUUUGUCCGGUGACCAGGUCACAUGACCCAAGUAACAAAGUUGGGCCAGAUAUAUAUCCGUCAGCCUUGUCACGUGACCUCUUAACAGUCGUCGAUCAUAAAACUGGCGUCCGAGAUGCAUGGGGAGCGACGAGUAUGCACUUCAUUUGAAGAAAUAAUUGGGGGAAGGGAGGGGGGAAGAGCAAUGCAUAACUAGAAGGAAGAAAUACUGAAAGCGAAAUAGAAAGGAUAAAAAUUAUAGUAAGGGUGAUAAAUAAUUAAGGCGGGAAGGUCGAACGUUCACAAAGAAAUAGAACCUACAUCUUAAUAUAGGGUCAAUAUGGUGAGCUGUUGGGGUAGUCUACGUCUCACGCAAUAUUAAUAGCCUAAAAUAAAACUUUUUUGACAGUAGAUCUAUUGCCAGUCAACUGGCAAGUAUUGGUCUUAUUUUCUUUGGUUCAUAUUUUAAAUUUAGGCUACUAGGUAGAGCUUUAUAAGAUAUUUAAACCAAGGUGACAGACUUUUUUUUUUUUUAUUUUGCCGGCGACCUCUUGUCACAUGACACGUCGGCCGGAAUAAUAACACAAACUAGUCCUCCGGCAGGCACGUGACAUGCCCACCGGACGAAUAUCUCCCACACUAUUUGUCCGGUCGCCAGACACGUAGGCACUGCCUAUAAGUAUAAGUAAAACUCAGUUCAGUAAAGUAAAAUUAUUUGGAUACAGGAAAACAUACAUUUACCGUUCUCUAUCUCUAUGGUUCAGAUACAAUCUAAAUCUAUCAGUAUCAAAACAGUUGUAACAAAAAGCAUUAAAUUUUGAAUCAGUAGAGUACUGGAGACUUGAGUAUCACUAAAAGUUAUAGUUAUUGAAGUUCCUAUAAUUGAUAAUAUUUAAUGAUUACUAUUGAAAAUAAAAAUAUCUUGGCCUAGUAAGUUAAGUACUUGACUUAUUUAGGUACAACUAUGGGUUAUUAGUAAUUAUGGAGAGCGAGCACUGGUAAUAUGGACACUGUUGUGUUAGAUUUUAUUAUUCGGAGGAAUAAAUUCCACUCCACUCAAAAAUGAUUUUUAUAAUAAAUUAUUAAAUUUUAAAGUCAUGAUAAAUAAAGCUGGCGAAUUUUCCAUCGCUCUGAUUUCACAAUAAAACUGACUGGAAUGUCAUGAAAUAAAUGCUUGUAAUAAAUAAGUUAAGAUAUCUUGUUGAAAAAAAUCUACUAUAUUAUAUUUUUUAAGUAGGUCUUAACUGCUAUCUCCUUAAUAUAUAUCUUUUGAAGAAAAACUCAUUAACAUUGUGAUAAUCUUUUUUUAAUUAUGGUUGAUAGGUCAAGUAAUUAAAGCAUGGGAUCUUGGUGUGGCCACAAUGAAAAAAGGAGAAUUGGCAAGACUAACAUGCCGAUCAGAGUAUGCUUAUGGUGAAUCUGGAUCACCACCCAAGAUUCCUCCUAAUGCCACUCUUGUAUUUGAAGUUGAGUUGUUCUCGUGGGAAGGUAAUUAAUAAUCAACUUUAUUUUAAAAAUGUUUUCUCAUAAAUUUUCUCUCGUUACAUAUAUUUUUUAACAUUGAUUAAUUUUUUUUUACAAUUCUUUAUUAAAUUAUGUGGUCAAAGUGAGUUAAAAUAUUUUGGAUUCUUAAAUUCAGUUGCUAUCAUCUCAAAGCAAAAUAUAUCAUUAAAAAAUGGCUACAGUUUUUAUUCACUUUAUUUGUAUGAUUGAUGAGACUAUAAUGCUAUUGGAUAUAUGACUCUUUAUGCAUAAGGUAAGAAGUAUUAAUACAAAUAAAAUCAUUUUCUAGAAACUAAGGAAAACAAAUCUUUCUUUUGAGAUAUCAUUUGUGGCCCUCAGAUGCAUGGGGAAAUUUUUUUUCUGCCCACAUAAUCAAAAAGGGUGAACAGCACUGGUUUUGUGCAUUUGGUCUGAGGCAUUAAGGAUAUUUUAGUAACUUCGUAAUGUAUCACUAAAAUUAUUAGAUAAUGAAUCAAUAGGUCCAUAUAUAUAUAUAGAGAGAGAGUAAAUUGAAAGACGGAAUGAUAUGGUAUGAACUUGGGAAUUUUGUGAACUCUUUAAGAUGACCAUGACAGAACAAUACUGUGCAUUUGUUUCUCUAUUCAACUCAAACCCACACUGAUUGUUGGGGUUCUAUUAAUCCUGUAAACAUGUUUUUGAUGCAAAAAACAUUCUUUCAGUGUAGAGAAGAUAAAAUGUAUUUAGCUUUUUAGAAUUUAAUUUUUUUUCAAAUCUAAACCAUAACAUUUUAAACUGAAAGUUGUCUAUCAAUAUUUGUGAACAUUCGGAAUGUAUUUAUGAACAUCUGGAAUGUCUAGUUACACAAUAAGAAAUAUUUGCAAAUGUUUGACAUAAUAUAAUUAUAUUAUUCUUCAAUUAUAAGCUAAUCUUUGCACUCAUUUCCUACACUAGGUGAAGACAUUUCUACGAAUAAAGAUAAAGGUAUAAUUCGUGGUAUCAUAACAGAAGGAACUGGUUUCAAAACUCCUGGAGAUUUUGCAAGUGUCACUAGUAAGUACCAGUGCUUAAUUGUUUUAAAUCUGGAAUUAGCUACAUUUGAAUGUUACUGUUACCUUAUAUUUAUCUCUAUAUUUAUUUCAUGGCUUGAAUCAUAAAGUUAAAUCAUGAAAUGUUUCUAUGCAAAUAUUUUAAUGACCGAUGUAAAUCCCUCCACAACAAUCAGCAUAACUUUGUUAUAUUAAUCAAUCAUUUAUAUGACAAAAUUAAUGAGUAAAACCAUUUGUCAUUCAUUUGAGACUUUUAAUUUGUUUAAAAUGUUUCAUUAGAUAUAAAUAAGGUAUCAAUCUGCUAAUUUAAAUAUAUUAUUUUUCAAUACCAGUCAAUUACAAGAUAAAACACGGCCAGCAAGUAAUAGCAGACGAGGCAGCAGCCACUUUUACUCUGGGUGAAGUAGAAGACCCCAAAAUUACUGUAGGGUUAGAGACGGCCAUAAAGAAAAUGAAGGAGAAGGAAAAGUCUAGGUUCACUAUCAGCCCAACCUAUGCCUAUGGAAAGGAUGGAAAUAAAGAACUGAACAUUCCAGCAGAUGCAACUCUAACAUAUGAAGUAGAACUUGUUUCCUUUGAGAAGGUGGGUGUCUAAAUAAUAGCUUUCAGAAGCACCAUGGUCGUCAUUAAUUGUAAAUUUGUAUCCAAUACAGCUAGCAGUUGACUUUAAAACUAAGUCUUACAAACAACAGGCUUUAUGACCAGACUCAGAGUACCUAACUUUGUACUUGGCAGUGUAUUUGUAAGAUAUGAGUGUUGGUGGAAGGGACGUAGGCUCUUUUUCAAAAAUAAGGGUUAUAAUAAAGGGGAGACACUUUUAUCAUACCGCCUGCAAAAUUAACCAAGAAAUUUUUUAAAUUUUUCUUACGUGUAAAAAAAAAAACAGUGGGACAUGAAACCUCUAUGUUUGAAUAUAUCAUAAUUGAAUGACUAGCUGUAAACUUAAAAUCUUUAAUAUAACCCAUAUCAUUUGAAUCAUUGACUCUUCUUUUUUGUCCAGGCUAAAAAAGUAUAUGAAAUGGACACGCCAGAAAAAUUAGAGCAAGCACAAAUUAGAAAAGAUAAAGGCACAGAACUUUUUAAGGUAAAUGUAAUUUUUUUUUAAAAAUAAACUAUGUGUCUUUGUGGAAAUUAUUGUGUGAUGAGACAACAAUGUUUAAUUUUGUACAUUGCUCUAAAAAUCUCACGUUAAGUAUAUGGAAAUUAAAACACAUUUUAAGCCAUAUUCUUUUUUUUUUAAUAACAGAAAGGUCUUACAGAAAAGGCUAUGCUAAACUACUCAACCAUACUUGAAUACUUGGACAGUGAAAGCACUUUAGAAGGGGAAGAAAAAGAGAAAAGAGAUGUGCUUGUCUUGGCAGCCCACUUAAAUCUUGCAGCCUGUGAAUUAAGAUUGGGAAAUGACACCAAAGUUAUUGAACAUUGUGAUGGAGCUCUGGAACUCAGCAAGGAUAACGCAAAGGCUUAUUUCAGACGUGCACAGGUGAUUAUUUAAAAUAUUAAAAUGAAUUUGACUACUUUUCUUUUCUUCUCAUCCUAAGUCUUCACAAGGGUCAUUUGUUCUUCUAAUUAAAAAAAAAAAAUUUGAAGCUGUUCAAAAAUACCCAGACUUAAAAAAAAAUUUCAAACCAAUGACAAAUUAUUAUAUCUUAAGGAUGCAGUAGAAUUUUUAAAUGUCUUGUGAAAAUUGUCAAGAAUUUUUUUUGUUCAGUUAUGGCCUUAUUGCACAAAGGCAUAAGUCAAAAGCCCUUGAAGAUUAAUCAGUCUCAAAAUGCUGCUAUCAAUUUUAGCUUGAAAUUAGUAUAUUACCAAUUACCUGCCACUUAAAACAGCACUCCAUAAAAUACAUGCUGAUAUUGUAACAUUGAAUUGUUUUUCUUGUUUAACCCGGAUUCUUUUAAAUAAUUUUUUUUUUAAUCUCACAAAAAAAUAAUAUAAAUUUGUUCAAAAUAAUGCAUAAUUAUUCAAUGUGUUUACCCAGGCACGACAGAAUCGUAAGGACUAUGAUCUAGCAGUGCAAGACUUCCAAACAGUCAUCGCAUUGGAGCCAGAGAACAAAGCUGCCAAAAAUCAGAUUGUCUUGUGUAAAAAGAAGCUACAAGAAGAGCAUCAAAAAGAAAAGAAACUCUACGCAAAUAUGUUUAGCAAAAUGACACAGCAGAGUGCCAAGGUGGGGGGUAGGUGCAUUUAGAAAUAAAUAUAUCUAAUUAAGUUUCUUGUUUAGCAAUGGGACAUUGGACCUUAUCUGUUUUUUGUAUUUCAGAAAAAGUAAGAAUUCAGCACUUAAAUUUAUAAUUUUGUGGCAUAUUUUAUUUUAAAAGCCAUUAAAAAAAAAAAAAAUUGAUCUUACCAUAAAAAAUUGCAACAACUUUAAAAACACAUGCUACAUUGUCCAUUAAGACACUAAAUUAGAUUCCCAUUUGUCAGCCAUGACCAGAAUUUCUUAAAAUUUAUUUUAACAUUCUAAGAUAUUUCUUGGGCAAAUUUGUGUUUCAAAUAAUUGUCUUAUGUGUUUAAAAGCGAGUAAUGUUUUGUUUGUAUGUGAAUUUUUUCAAAGUUUCAUGUCAACACAUUUUUUUUCUUGUUUGGCCACAGAGAAAUGAUCUCAGUGCAGAUAGUGUAUUCAAAGAAGGAAUAGGAGAGUGGAAUAAUGACAUGGCAGCAGGCAUGAUGCCCUUGGACCAGGAAGUGGCAGCUUUUGGUGACGUCAUGCCAACUGGCGGGGACAACAAUAACGGCAACAACCACAGGCACUGAUGCUUAACAAUUAGAUGAUAGAACGCUAGCCAGAGUUAUAGGGAAGAUGAGGGUUGGGCUCAAUGAGUUUCUCUCAAGUCACAGGAUCACAUUAGUUUGGUCAGGAUUUUCGUUUUGCUAGCUAUAGUUGGUGCUGACAUGUAUUAUUGAUGGUACUUUUUUUAUGGCAGUCAUUGUUAAAAGGGCUUGAUUUGCCUGUCAUUGUUCAAAUGGCUUGCUUAGCCUGUUUGUUUAAAUUUUAUAAUGUUCUUGCAAGCUAUAAAACAGUUAAUGCUUUUAAACAGUGAAAUUGAGAAGGAAAUUACAAUUUUUAAUUUUAAAAAAAAAAAGCAAAAUUAACAGUUUACUAACACAAAUUAAAGUCGACGUUAAAUACUUUUAACAAAUUUCUCAAUUGCUGGUGUCAUUUUAAAGUAUCACCAAUUUUGUUAAUUUCAUGUUGUUUCAUACCAUACUUUUUCAUUGUUCAGUCUAGCCAUUGCCAUUAAUUAGAAGGUUAUCUUUAUUUCUUCAAGCUGUAAGAAAGACAAUACUGCCACAAACAAAUUACUUCUCAGGUUCACGUAAAUACAUUAGGAAUUAGUUGUAGCUCCACGCAUCUAAUGUGUGAGCCUAGGGUCGAAAGAGGAAUCAACUUCAAUGGGAGAACAAUUCAUUGAUAUGUUUCAUUCAUUUGUUACAUUGACUAGUGGGACUAUCAUGGAACUUAGCAAGGUGUUAAUAGGUGGAUUUUUCUUGGGAUUUUUAAAAAAUAUAAUCUAACUCAGAGGUUUCCAGAAGUUUAUUUUUUGUUACUGUGUGCAGUAAUUUUAUAUUUUUUUCAUUAUUACAAUAAUAUUCACAUUCUUAGCUUUUUUUUUUUAUGUCCUAAGUUUUGAAAGUUCUGAUUUAACUAUUCUUAGACCACCAACUUUCUCAGUUUUCAAAACAGGUAGAGCCUACAUCAGUGCUUCUUAGCUGAUCUGUCUUUUUGUAUUUAGUCAUUGGCCAAUGUGCUUAUAAGAGCUAAUAAACAUAAACAUCUGUAAAUAAUCAAGUGACCAUAUCAUACAUCAGAAGUCCCGCCACCUUUAGAGAUGAUUUAUACAGUCGCUUGUCUAACCGCGUCUCGGUAAUGUAAUUGUUAAACUUGAAGUGAACCCACAAGAUGAAUUUUGUAUUUAUCUGAUUCUGGUCCAGUGGGGGAAUGGAAAGGCAUUGGGUUGGGGGCUAAAUUGUGUUUCUAAUAUAGGUCUAUUCAAAGUAAACUUUUUAUAUUGAUUUGCUUUUGGAUUAGUAAACUUUUCCAUUUCAAUACUAACUGCAUAAUUAUGAAUUUUAAUAAUUUUUCCCUCUUGCUUUACUAACAUUUAAAUUUCAGCAGCUAAAAUUAAGUGAAUAAAAAAUUCCGUAGAAAUGGCAACAGCCAUCCAUUCUAUGUUUUCUUCCUUAUGGAUGCUUCAUUUUCUUGUUUUUGUUUAAUUUUUAAAAUUAUCUUUCGAAAAAAAUAACAAUUUUUUUGGAGUUCGUUCCGGGCGGCAUUUAGUCAUCAAUCACCACUGUUGUGGACCACAAUAUUUUGAUUUAGUUUGGCUGUCCUCAUGAAACAGCGGAAGGACAAACUAGAACUUAAUGCCGUUCAUGGUGUAUGAUAGAAUUGUGACUUUUCUUAUUUUAGCAGCCAUUUCCAAGUAAGACACGGGCAUCAGUUAAAAGUAUUAAUCAGAGAAAAUUUUGUAAAGGAUCAGUUAAAUUAUAUUAGAACUUUUAAAUAUUGCUACACAGACAAUAGACACAUUUAUAGUUGAAGAUAUAGCUAACUAUAAGAUUAAAGUAGGCAUCAGUUAGUUUAAGACCACAUAUUUUUAUUGGUUGAUACUAUGUUUGUUAUUUGUUGAUAAUAUGUUGUCACUCAAUGUCAUGCCAUCUGUUGCACUGCCUCUUUUUUUACAUGAGUUGCUAUUUUAAAAUAAAUUGAAUAUAUUUUCACUGA